AUGACAUGUCAGCAUAUUGAACAAAUAACGAAAAAGAUAAACGAUUUUAUUAGCAAAGUUGGGGAUUACGAUUCCUCAAUUUAUAAAAAACUGGGUUCUAUUGUUAAUAAAGAGGACAUUGGAGCGAGAAUAGAAGUUAUAGGUAGAAGGGAGGGGUCAUUUUUUUCUGGUGGCCACACCGAUUAUCAGCCAAUCGCUACUUACAAAACUUAUGAUUUUCCUUAUAUUCCUGAUAAUUAUUUCUUAGAAUUUUGUAAUGAAAUAGGAACGUUACUAAAUGAUUGUGAUUGUCAAGAAAUAGCGGUUGAUAAGGAAAAGCAAAACGCAGUUAUAGAAAGUGAGUUGGAAGUUAGCCAAAGCCGAGCAACAAAAAAAGAUAAUAAAUUGAAAGUUUUGCGAAAAACUUAUGAAGAAACAGAG